AUGCGGCCUGGGUCCAUUGGGACGGGUGAAUCGGAAAAUGGCUCUGGUCGUCUAGAUCCGCUGAUUACUGCUGUACCUCACCCAGUUCCUCCCAGGGCUGCCUUCUCUGCAAAGUGGCUCUCGGUAAAACUCACAACUGUUUUGCUGGCAGCACCUCUCGAAGAGUGUGUAAGCCUUCUUGCUAUGAAUACGCAACCACGAUCCAGCUCAUCCACACCGACUAUCCAUGCUGUGCGCGAAUCAGAGUGGGAUCGUUGA